AACUUCAAUUUGACAUAUUGACAGAUCUAUCAAAACAAACCAUUGAAAAUACCAAAUAAAAUGGGUUAGUUCAUCUCAAACUGUUUAGAAAGACGUUUAAAACUUCUAACUGAACAUUAAUAUACAAAAAUGGAAGAAUAUAUCGGUUCAACUCUUACAAAAUUGAAAACAAAACAAUACAGCGAAUUAACAAUAGUAAUUGGCAAUGAAAGCUGUGAUCUAGACUCGGCAGUCAGCUGCCUAGUUUUUGCCAAUUUUUUAUACUGGCAACACAAUGAAAUGAAAUGUAAGGUUUGCACCAAGGAGUAUAGGGAUGGAUCUGUGGAUUAUAAGGAUGAAAUAUUUCUGCCAAUAUUAAAUGUUGAUAGAAAUGAUUUUCCUUUGAAAACUGAAGUUGCUUUCUUGUUUCGAGAGAAAGGGAUUAAUGUUGGUGAUUUGGUAUACAGAGACGAUUACGACUUACCCCAGUUACUGAAGAGUACAAAAUCGAAGGUAGUGUUGGUGGAUCAUCACGUUUUGGCGAACAAAGACAGUUUCUUAGCCGAGUAUGUCACCGAGAUCAUUGAUCACAGGCCAAUAGAUAAAUCUGGAUGGGCCUACAAGCCGGACACUCGCACCACGAUAGAGACUGUCGGCUCCUGCUGCACACUGGUGGCGCAGCGGAUAAAGGAUCUCAGCUCUCUGAUGGCUAAAGAUGUUCAAUACUUCAAUGCCUACCCGGUCUGCAGUGAGAUGUUGCAUGCAACAAUAAUACUGGAUACAGUGAAUUUCUCUAAAGAAGUGAAUAAGGGAACGCCGCAUGAUGAAGAGAUGACAUUGUUCCUCGAAAAUCUUUUGAAGCCAACUGAUUGCAAAGCAGAGAGGGAAAAACAACUGACCACAUUACUAGCGGCUAGGACGGACGUCUCGCAGCUGUCUGCGGCCCAGCUGUUGAGGAAAGAUGUGAAGAUUGUCGGAAAUGUGCUCGUGCCUAGCUUUCCUAUAUUGGUGGAGGAGUUCCUAAAUCGUCCUGAAGCUUUAAAGGCAGUGUCCGAAGCCCUGACUCAAACUAACUGUGACGUCGCUCUUCUCCUGGGUAUGGAUUUAAGUGAAGGCCUGAAGAGGGAUAUCGCUGUCUUCUCCAAUAGUAAUCCACAAAAAGCUGUGUUGUUAAGUAAAUUCCUGGAAGACUACACCUCCCCCCCGCUGGGCCUGUCCCCCCACCAGCUGGCCACGCCGGAGUGCCGCUACUACCGGCAGCGGACCCUCAGCGCGUCCCGCAAGCAGUACAUGCCGGCGCUGCACCGGUUCCGUGCAGUCUUGUGAUCCUUAAGUAAAUUCCUGGAAGACUACACCUCCCCCUCCCUAGGCCUGUCCCCCCACCAGCUGGCCACGCCGGAGUGCCGCUACUACCGGCAGCGGAACCUCAGCGCGUCCCGCAAGCAGUACAUACCGGCGCUGCACCGGUUCCGUGCAGUCUUGUGAUCUGUUAUUACAGUUUGUCGUUUACAAGGG